AACGUCUUCAUCCGGCUGCCCGACAAGCCCCUCAAGCCGGGCGAGGUGCUGAGCAUCCUCCUCUACCUGACGGCCAACUCCACGGUGGAGCACUUCACGCUCAGGGUGAAAGCCAAGAAGGGUGUCAACCUGCUCAGCACCAAGUCGAGGAGCGGGCAGUGGCUGGUGAGCUCGGAGCUGCUGACGGGGGGCAAACACUCCACUGCCACUGUUGACGUGGCCAGGGUGGAUGGUGCAGGGCCCAGGGAUGGGGACUCCUCCCCCGAGGUCAUGCAGCUGGAUUUCGAGAUGGAGAACUUCACCAGCCAGUCGGUGACGCGCCGCAUCAUGUGGCACAUCGACUACCGGGGCCGCAACCCCCCGCCCGACCUGGAGAAGGUGGUGACAGAGCUGACAGUCAUCCAGAGGGACAUCCGGGCCAUCGUGCCCCUGGCCAUGGACACAGAGAUCAUCAACACGGCCAUCCUGACAGGGAGGACGGUGGCCAUCCCCGUGAAGGUCAUCGCCAUCGAGCUGAGCGGGGUCAUCAUGGACGUCUCAGCUAUGGUCGAGUGCAAGUCCAACAACGAAGACAUCAUCAAGGUCUCCAGCAGCUGUGACUACGUCUUUGUCAGUGGGAAGGAGUCACAGGGCUCCAUGAGUGCCCGGGUCACCUUCACCUACGAGCACCUCUCUGCCCCGCUGGAGAUGACAGUGUGGGUGCCCAAACUGCCCCUGCACAUCGAGCUCUCCGACGUCCGGUUGAGCCAAGUGAAGGGCUGGAGGGUGCCCAUCCUGCCAGACAGGAGGUCUGUACGGGACAGUGAGCACGAGGAGGAUGAAGAGGAGAGGAAGCAGAGCAGGGGCUGUGCCCUGCAGUACCAGCACGCCACGCUGCAGGUCUUCACCCAAUUCCACACCACGGCUGCCGAGGGCACGGGGCAGGUGGUCACCAUGCUGGGGCCUGACUGGCUGGUGGAGGUCACCGACCUGGUCAGCGACUUCAUGCGGGUGGACGACCCGCGGGUGGCCCACAUGGUGGACAGCUCCACGCUGGCUGGCAGGGAGCCAGGCACCACGCUCUUCAAGGUCGUGUCCCCGCUUGUGGAGGCGGUGCUGGGCGAGACGCUGGUGACCGUGGCCGAGGAGAAGGUGAGCAUCACGGACCUGAAGGCCCAGGUGGUCUCCAGCCUCUCGCUGUCCCUCCACCCCAGCCCUGGCAACAGCCACACCAUCAUUGCCCGCACGUCCGUGCAGCAGACCCUCAGCUUCUUCAAGCAGGAAGCGCUCCUGAGCCUGUGGAUUUCCUACAGCGAUGGCACCACGGCUCCACUCUCCCUCUAUGACCCCAAGGACUACAACCUGGUGGUGAGCAGCCUGGAUGAGAAGGUGGUCUCGGUGACCCAGGAUCGGGCGUUCCCCUUGGUGGUGGCGCAGAGCGAGGGCGCGGGGGAGCUGCUGAGGGCAGAGCUGGGCAUCUGCGAGAGCUGCCAGAAGACCAAGCGCAAGAGCGUGCUCUUCACAGCCCUGGCCAGCGUCAGGGUCCACUUUGGCUCCGAGGAGGACCCGACCUACGACUACGACCACGUGCCCAGCAAGCCAGGGCUGGUGGAGACGGGGGCGAGCACCACCCUGCGGGCAGAGGUGGAGAGGAAAGCGGAGCCCAGCGAGGACGGUAGGAUGUCCAGCGCCUCUCACCCGACUGAGGACUUCCCCACCAUCCCCACUGGCUUCGUCCAGGUGACUAGAGGGCUGACGGACCUUGAGAUAGGCAUGUACGCUCUGCUGGGUGUCUUCUGCUUGGCCAUCUUGGUCUUCCUCAUCAACUGCAUCGUCUUUGUGCUGAAAUACAGACACAAACGCAUCCCCCCUGAAGGCCAGACCAACAUGGACCAUUCCCAUCACUGGGUCUUCUUGGGCAACGGGCAACCCUUGCGGGCUCACAGUGACCUCUCCCCCCAGCCCGAGAGCCCUGGGAACCCCCUGGAAAACGUCCAGACCUGCUGCCACGGGGAUCAUCACAGCAGUGGGAGCUCACAGACCAGCGUGCAGAGCCAGGUCCACGGCCGGGGGGACGGUUCUUCGGGGGGCUCCACACGGGACCAGAGCGAGGACCCCCUCAACUCCCCCACCUCCAAAAGGAAGCGGGUGAAGUUCACCACCUUCGCCACGCUGCCCACCGACGACCUGGCCUACAACUCCAUCCCCAUCGCCGAUGAGGAGGACUUGGAGUGGGUGUGCCAGGACAUGGGGCUGCAGGACCCCGAAGAGCUUCACGACUACAUCCGCAGAAUCAAAGAGAUGGCUUAA